GGGGGGGUGCAUCUGAUCCAGUCUGGGGGUGUGAGAGGUGUCCGUCUGUCCCGUCCUCACACCUCCCUGGACUUCCCGUCCUCCCAGCUCCUCGUCAACUGUCACCUCUUCCCCAGAGAGUUCUCCAUCGUCACCACCCUGAAGGUCAGCCUCGUCGCCACUAAGGUAAGGGCCAGGGGUUAGAAACACCUGCAGCAGCAUUACAACAGGAAGUGACAUCAUCGACGACGUGGGGAAUGUUCAGUGUAUUUUGUUUUUAUUGCCUCUUCUCACUGUGUGAUGAUCUGUCUCAUCCUGUCUUUCAGAAAAACGAGUACAUCUUUUCUGUGGUGGAGGAAAAGGAAGAAGAGCAUGCAAGGAAUGGAAAGAGGAAGGGAGGAACAGAUGGAGAUGGGUACAAAGAGAAGGAUGGAGAACGAGGAGAGAGGGAUGAUGAGAGGGAUGGAGAGACAGAUGGAGAAAGAGAAAUGGACGGAGAGAAGAGGAAGGGAAGUAGAGAUGGAGAGAACAGCAACGGUCGGGGGCGGCUUCUGAUUGGCCUGCGGUUCUCCAGAGACGGUCUCCACUUCCUGUUCAGAGGUCGCAGCGGGGGGGUCAUGGCGCGCUGGGUGUUCCGAGGCGUCCAAUUGGCUGAUGAUCACUGGCACACGUUGGUGUUAGCAUUUAGCGGACACUACGCUACUCUCACUGUGGACUGCAACACACACCUGGAACUGUGAGUUGCUUUCUCCGGCUCUCCUUCUCUCUCUCUGUAUCCCUUUUCUCUGUCUGUCUGUAUUAAAUGUCUGUAAUGAUGAUGAUGAUGUUAUCAUGUGUGUUCAGCAGGGUUCACUCCAAGUCGUUGCCCUCUGACCUAAGUGUUCAGGGUUCCAGAUUCCACAUCGGCAGCCGAGGAAGAUGGAAAGGCCUGUUCUCAGUAAGAACCAACACACACUCCAACCCUCUCUCUAGAACCUAUAUACACUAGAAUUACACUAGUAGUAAUGGCUACAUGAUGGCUUGAUAAGAGGGACACAAUGGGUUAUGCCAAUACUCUACAAAUAACUAGCUUUCCUCUCCGUCCGUCCUCCCCCUGUCCCUCCCUCCCUCCUUCCCAGGGUCUGAUCAGACAGCUGGUCCUGGUGCCAGGCUCUGGUGCCACCGCUCGUGUCUGCCCGUCCUCCAACCCCAGGCUGGCAGAGCUGUCUGUGCCCGCGGUGCUGCUGGACCUACCACUCAAAGAGACUAGGAGUGACCUCACCCUGCCUUCAUAUGGUAUACUGUCUCUCUCCUAUCUUCUCUGCCCCCUGAUCUCUCUCACAAAUCUGACUCUUUUCUCUGACUCUUUUCUCUCUCUCCCGUCCUGCCUCACCCUGUACCUCUAUCCUCUACUGCCCCUCCAUCCACUCUGCUCCCCUCCCACCCUCUACCCUCCAGAGACAGAGGUACGGGUGUCUGUGGGGCUGGAGCCGUCCUGUUCCGGUUCAGUAAGAGGACAGUUGUGGUUCAACCCUGUCAGGAGAGCGCUCUACCUCUGUGAUGGUACACUCUGGGUCCCCAUGCUGCAAGGUGGGUCCUCCUCACACACACACACACACACACACACACACACACACUGACCUCUCUAUCACUUCUACAGAGUCCCAGAGACUAGACUAUGUCUUGGAGCAGCAGGUCCUCUCCACCAGUUCAGAGACGUAUGAUAUGGAGGUAUUCCUUUUAAACAUAAAACAAAAAACAUAAAUAUGAAUACAUUAUUAUACAUUAUUGUUUAAAAUAAGACAUAGUUGUAGAUUAAACUGGUUUUCAACCUCUCUCUCUAUCACUCUAUGUCUGUCUGUCUGUCUGUCUGUCAUGUCUAGGUGUUCAGUGUACAAGGGCUGGGUUUGAUGGCAGCCAUGGCCCACCGCUCCCCCUCCCUGGGCUCUGCAGUCUACCUCUGGAGAGACGGAGGCUUUCACCUUUACCAGAAGAUCAGCACACAUGGAGCUCUCUCCUGGAGACACUUUACUAUGGGGAAGAAGGUAUAGGAAGACAUCUUAGAGAUCUUUAAAUACACUUGAAAUGCAAUUGUAUUUGUUAAUUUGUUGGUUUAACUUGUUGUAGAUAUUCCUGGUGGUGUCUAACUCCAGGGAGAGCACAGGGAAGGAGGAGACAGUGGAGAAGGAUGAACUGUCAGUGAUCUACAGGUGGAAUAAAAAGACACAGAGGUUUGUUCAUUACCAGGCGCUGCAGACACACUGUGCACGGGACUGGGAGGCCUUCCGCAUCCAAGGACAUACCUACCUCGCCGUGGCCAACCACAGACAAGGUAGGAACUGGCUACAGCCAAUCAUGGACCAGGUAAGGACUGGCUUCAUCCAAUCACAAAUAAGCUAUAACCUGACUGCAGCCAAAUCUUUGUGAUGCUGAAAAGACCUUGUAGAAAAGUAUAUUCAACUUAAUUACAGUACAUGAGUUGCACAGUAGGUUGAUGGCACCUUAAUUGGGGAGGACAGGUUCAUAGUAAUGGCUGAAAUUGAAUAAUGGAAUGUUAUCAAACUCAUCAAACACAUGGUUUCCACAUUUCAUUCACUCCAUUCCAGACAUUAUUAUGAGCUGUCCUCCCCUCAGCAGCCUCCUGUGAUGAGCUGCAAUACAAAUAACUCAGUAUAUAUAUAUAUACAGUAUAUGAGUUGCAAUGAUCUCUUCCUCUCCCUACCCGCUCCCUUCCUCUAGGUAAUACUAACCACACCAUAGACAGUGUGGUCUACAAGUGGGACCGUGGCACGCAGUUGUUUGAACCUCACCAAGCCCUGCGGACCUCGGGGGCUUACGACUGGGAAGCCUUCACGGUCGGACCCUACCACUUCCUGGCUGUGGCGAACGCGUUCGACGGACUGACCACUCACGUUGACUCGGUCAUCUAUGUCUGGGUGGAUGGAAGUUUCCGCUUGUUUCAGACUAUUAAGGUGAGAGAGGGAGAGAGAGAGAGAUGAAGGUGAAGUAGAAGGAAGAGACAGAGGGAGAGGAAGAGGGAGAGUAAGGAAGAGGAGGAUGGCAAGGGGGAAGGGAGAGAGGGGGGAGAUUGGCAGAAAUCCUAAAACAGCACAACCACCCACACCACGGAACUAAGAGAUGACAAAAAUAGAGCAUGUGUAGUGGAGCAGAAUUUGCAUGUUAGAUCCAGCUUUGACAGAUAACUGAUAGUGAAUCAGACAUUUGAAUGGAACCACAUGUGAGGUGAAGUUGACUGACUGGCAGACUGAAACCACAAAAAGACUCUGCUUUGAUUGCUAGGGAAUUCCAAUGUCUGCAUGAUUCUAUGGUCUCUCUUUCUUUCGCUUUCUUUCUUUCUCUCUCUCUCUCUCUGUGUCUCUCUCUCUCUCUGUCUGUCUCUCUCUCUCUGUGUCUCUCUCUCUCUGUCUGUCUGUCUCUCUCUCUCUCUCUCAGACUUUCUGUGCCACAGACUGGGAGAUGUUCCAGAUCGGCAGCAGGGUUUUCCUGGUGGUUGCCAAUGGACACAGACUCCAUGGCAAUGGCCCCAGUCGCUAUGCCAUCAACUCGACCAUCUACGAGCUGGACAUGAGCUCUCAGCUGUUCCUGCGUUUUCAGGACAUAAUCACAUACAGGUACACAUGAACCUUUGUACAGGUGCACAUUUUCCCCACCUCUCCUCUCCCUUCCUUCUCUCUCUCAUUUCUCUGUCUGUCUCCCCCCUCAGUGCUGUUGACUGGGAGUUCUUCACAGUAGGAGAGGAGAGUUACCUGGUCGUUGCUAACUCAUUUGACGGAGAGUCUCACUCUCUGAACAGCAUUAUCUACAGGUAUUCACAUAAACACACUAGAAUUGGUCAUGGUGCUAUAAUUGAAUGGGUGAUAUAUUGUGAAUUUACUAUCAUUAUGGUGAUAUGUUAUAAAAUCAUCAUUAUCACGAUUUGUGUUGUGAACUUGAACUUGAACAUGAUAUGGAUGUGCACAGGUGGCAGGGAUACGAGGGUUUUGUUCCCAUUCACCGGCUUCCCACCAUCGGAUGCAGCGACUGGGAAUUCUUUACUUCCGGAGAGGAGUCCUAUCUGAUCUACUCCAGCGCCACAGCACCUCUCUCCAAAGUGUUCCGUCUGAAAACACACUGACAUGUGACCCAAUAUCAUUACAAAUCAGGGACAACAGUGAAAAACAUAACAAAUGAAAUCUCAACUGAUGU